UGAGAGCGCUAGUCUUCGGAACUCCAGCGUCGCACAUAGUGAGCUACGAUAAGGCCGUUCUGUCCAUUCGAGAACACCUCGAUGGUGACAUCGUAUCAGUAAUUACUAGUGCUGACUAAAUUUACUUUAAUUGGAGUUAGUGGCGAGGCGGUGUCGUGACCCAACCUUCUACCAAUUACAGAUAAAGGAUCUUUCAUUUCACGAAGGUUUUAAUUACUCAAUGUCUUAUAAGAACUGCAAUGUGAAUGUGUAAGAAUUAGUCGAGUGAGUAAGUCAGUUUAGCAACAUGAGUCCGGUUUUUACUAUACAGAAAAUUGGACUCGGGAUGUCUACGGGACAGCCGCCUAAAGAUGAUGAGCCAGGAUGUUUUCGACGGCAGUUUCACCGGAUUACUCGCAAUGUCCGCCAACGGAUUAGUGGCGAGGGUCGAUCGAAACCACCCGAUUGGUUCCUUGAUAAGUUUUCGACUCAAACCUUCACCGACCCCGAAGAACCACUGUACCAGGCAAAACGAUCCAAGUUCCUUUGUGGACUUAAACUGGCAUUCGAUCCAACUGAACAAGCGCAUUAUCGGUGGCUCACUAUCGUCUCCCUGGCCAUACUGUAUAACGUCAUAUUCGUUAUUGGACGAGCGGUUUUCUGGAAGCUGGACGAACUCACCACCAUGUGGUUCGCGGUCGAUUACCUCUGUGACAUCAUUUACUUCAUCGAUACGAUUAUACAUGCGCAUGAAGGUUAUUUAGAACAAGGACUCAUGGUAAAGGAUUCUCAUUACCUUAGGAAAAAUUAUAUGAAAUCCGACGCAUGGCCCUACGAUGUUCUCUCCCUUUUACCGACGGACAUAGCUUACUGCUGGUGGACUCCAGGAUCCUGCAGCUACGAUCGUUUGCCGUGCCCUGUUAUUGUGCGACUUAAUCGGAUAUUUCGCCUGCCUCGAAUGUGGGAGUGGUUCGACCGCACCGAGACCGCGACUAGUUUUCCGAACGCUUUUAGAAUUUGCAAGGUCGUAAUGGCAAUCUUAGUCCUGAUUCACUGGAACGCAUGCCUCUACUUUGCGAUCAGCUACGCUAUUGGAUUUGGCACUGACAAUUGGGUAUAUAACAUCACCGGAGUUCAGAAUGAAACGUUGGCACACCAAUAUAUUUACAGCUUUUAUUGGUCAACGUUGACGUUGACCACUAUUGGCGAGACUCCCCAACCAGAAAUUGAUGUCGAGUAUGCAUUUGUAGUGGCAGACUUUCUGGCAGGAGUUCUUAUUUUUGCAACUAUAGUAGGCAAUAUUGGUUCCAUGAUCUCUAACAUGAACGUGGCGAGAGUUGAAUUUCAAAACAAGAUGGACAGUGUGAAACAAUAUAUGGCUUUUCGAAAAAUAACUGGUGACUUAGAGGCAAGAGUGAUCCGCUGGUUUUCCUACACAUGGGCGGAGAGUGGAGCUUUGGAUGAAGAAAACGUAUUAUCAUCUUUACCGGACAAACUGAAAGCCGAAAUCGCUAUUCGGGUUCACCUCGAGACACUGCGCAAAGUACGGAUUUUUCAAGAUUGCGAGCCCGGUUUGCUUGAAGCUUUGGUGCUGAAAUUGAGGCUGCAAGUAUUCAGCCCUGGUGACUAUAUAUGCCGCAAAGGCGACGUUGGCAAGGAAAUGUAUAUCGUGAAGCGGGGUAGGCUUCAAGUGGUAGCCGAUGACGGUACAACUGUCCUUGCUACUCUAAGUGCAGGAUCAGUUUUCGGAGAAGUUAGUGUUUUGGAGAUUGCUGGUAACCGCACUGGUAACAGACGCACAGCUAACGUCAGGUCAUUGGGCUAUUCCGAUUUAUUCUGUCUGGCUAAGAAAGAUUUAUGGGAAGCUCUUGCAGACUAUCCAGAUGCCAGGGCUACUUUAACUGCACGCGGUUGUCAAUUACUGCGUAAGGACGGACUACUCGAUGAAACUAUAUUCGAAAACGCUCAAACGACCCAGCAAAGCCUAGAGGAUACCGUUCGCAAAUUGGAAUCUACUGUUAUUAGUUUGCAAAAUCGUUUGCAAGUAUUACUGGCUGACGUUGGAGAAAAACAAGCAUUGUUGAAGCAGAGAUUAAAUAGACUUGAGACAAGGGCAAUCGAAGCUGAAAAAAAAAUGAACUCUCUUGAUCCAGAGGAAUUACGCCAUCAGAUUGUCAGGUCAUGUGAAGAGACAGAAACCAUUGGAAAUGCACAAGGGGGUUCUUUCAGGAGCUUGAACCAGCCAGCCGGUCCAGCUAGGGAACGAGGACACUCCCUGAGUGUUGAGCGUAGCCCAGGUCUAUUGAAUGUCAAAACUGAGCCGAGAAGCAAGUCAUUACGACUGAAGCGGAUUCAAAUUGAUGCUUCAAAGUGAAUCUGUACAAUCGUAAAGUUUGAUUAAUUUAGAAAUGUUAUUGUUGGUUUAGGAGAGAGUUUUCGAAAAUUUACGUAUUUGUAAAUUAUUUUUGAUACCUGGAAAAGGCUUUAUAUGAAAACGUUUGGACUCUAAAUUUAAGAGAUGAUUGUGAAUUAUACUUUCGUGAUGGAACACGGCUUGUGUUGGUGCUGAAGGGAUAUGUUAGAAACGUAUUUGAUUAUAUAUUUUUUUUUUAAUUUUGAUUGUUUUCAUACCAAACAAAUGUUAUGGUAUGAAAAUAAAUGUCAAAUAAAUGUCAGCCAGUGGUUUUGAAAACGUAUUAAUCGUUCGAUAUUCAUCGAGAUUUAUUUAAACCUAUGUUGUUUUAGAGCUCUAUUCAAAAUUCGAUGGUAGUGAAGAUUAUUCCUGAAAGUAAUUUUAGCUGAUC